GCGCGCGCGUUUUGGAGCGGUUCGCAGCGCGGGACGAUGUGGCGUCCGGAGGGACGGGACAAGCUGCUGGCGCCCAUGGAUGAAAUCUUGCGAUGUGGCAUUUGUUUUGAUUAUUUCAACAUUGCAAUGAUGAUACCUCACUGCUCUCAUAAUUAUUGUUCACUUUGUGUACGGAAAUUUUUAUCAUACAAGACCCAGUGUCCGAUAUGUUGUGUGACCGUGACUGAGCCAGAACUGCUAAACAACAGAGUAUUGGAUGAAUUAGUGAAAUGUUUUCGCACAGCAAGAGACUUGCUGUCCAAGUAUGAUUUGCAGUCCCCUCCAGUCUUGCCUCGGGCAGCUCAAGCAGUGGAUAUAUCCAAAAAGAAUCAAUCAUCUGGUGGUAAAGUUCGUACCAAGAUGAAGAAGGAGAUGAAAUACAUGGACAGAUUUCUGUCUCAGAGCCAUUCCUCUGCAAGGCAAUCAGGAAUCCAAUCCACAGAGGAGCAGUGUGGAGAAGAACAAAAUGACACCUGCACACAAUCAAUUACUGAGAAUUGCUUGGCAGAGCUGGUUCAAAAGGAUAAUGAUGCCGAACCCUCGACUUCUGAACCAAAGGAAAUAGUGAAAGUGGAUUGUCCUGUUUGUGCAGUUGCUAUCCCUGAAAAGUACAUUAACAGGCAUCUCGAUGGCUGCCUAACACGAGAAGAUAAAAAGGAAAGUCUUCGAAGCUCUAUGAACAGAAGAAAACUGUUGCCAAAGCUGGUUUAUAAUUUGCUUUCUGACCGGGAUCUGAAAAAGAAGUUGAAGGAGUUUGGACUUUCAACUCAGGGCAGCAAAACACAACUGAUUAAACGACAUCAAGAAUUUGUACAAAUGUACAACUCACAGUGUGACUCCUUAAACCCCAAAUCAGCCAAAGACAUUGCCAAAGAAAUUGAAAAGAAUGAAAAGACCCGAGCUCAGCUUGAAGCCAAAGUGGUUGAAAAUGCAAUGAAAUUCACAAAGGAUCAGUCAGAAGAAGAAAUUGAUGCGCUCCACAAGGACUAUCUGAUAUUGAGGGCCGAGGAAGGACGCCCAGAAAUGAAUAAUGUAAAGCGAGGCCAUGGAAGUAUAAAACACAAGGAGGAGUUCCAAAAUCUGAUCACUGAGGUGAAGAAACGAUCGAAGUCCAAGGUAAAUAAGUUAAAGGGUGAACAAAAUGAAGAGCCUGAAGAACAGUGUUUAACUAACACAGGAAAGGAAUUUCCAGAGUGCCAAACCAUGGACUGUAACCCAGUAGAGGCAUGCCAGGAUGAGCCACAUUUGCCAGAGAUUACAGGCUCACUUGUGACAAACGAUACUUUGGAAUGUCAGCCUUAUUCAUUUGAUGUGGUUCUACCUUAUCCUUUGUCAACAUCCAGCUCUGAUUCUGAUAUUUGCAGAGAUCCUGAAUAUUCCCAGGAGCCUGAAGAAUCAACAGAUAUACAAUUUUCAAAUGUGAGCACAAGGAAAAGGAAGAUGAGAGAACUGUUCGGGGAAAGAAGUUCUAAAGAUAAACAGGCUAGGAUGUGAGCACUGCACCAAGAAAUGGGACAUAAACUUUCAUUGAGUACUGGAACCAUUUGUUAACAAUGAAAAUGUUGUUUUAAUCUGUGUAACAUUAAAUAUUUCACAAUUGUGAGACAGAUAUUCAUAUAAAUACUUCAUCUUUAAUCAUUUAAAGGUGUGAAAAUAUUAUGUGCUAGAGUCUUUCCCUGAAGAAUGAGUCUUGCCAUUUACCUGCAGUUUUAACAUAAAGAUAACCCUGAGCAUUCAAAAUUGAGAACAUUGGAAAGCAACUCAAGUGACAGGAAUUGUGAGAAAUUAGUAUAGAAACUUAAUGGUAUCAAUAUGGCUACAACUAACAAUAGUGUGUGUGUGUGUGUUACAUGAGUCAUGAAUUUGAUUACUGUUGUCCACUGCUUGAUACCUCUUGAUAUUUGUUAACAGUUCCUUUGGUACAAUCUUUUUGAGCUGCAUUUCAUUGUCCCCUAUCUUUGUAUUAUUUCUCUCUUUCUUCUUGCACUUCAGCUACCUUACCAUUGAGUUUAAUUGAAGGAAAUUUGGGAGAAAAUCAAGUUUAGUCACUAGUAAUUUUUUUUUUUGUAAUUUAUUUUUUAUUGAAAUUCACCAUCACACAAACAUUUCCAUACGAUGUAUUUCAGAUACUGUUUGUAUAUAUCAUAUAUUCAUAUUUGCCGCAAAUCUCCACAUAAGUAUUUAUCUGAGGUAUACACUUACAGAAAAGAAAAAACAAACAAAAGGAAAACUACGUACAAGUAAGGAGUGAUUCUUUUUAACAAUAUAAUCAUUGAUUUGUGAAAAUAAAAUCAGGCCUAUGGGGUGUUAUGUAAUUAAACAAUUUUUCCCAGUAUGAAUCAAAUUGUUCCAACUUAUGAUUGACAGAUGCUGUUAACUUCUCCAUUUUGUAAGUGUCCAUUGUAAUUUCCAUCCAUGCGUUUAAAGUUGGGCUCUCCUGUGAUAACCAUUUCCUGGUAAGAGUCUUCUUACAAGCCACCAGCAGUAUAUUCAUGAAAUAUUUAUCUCUUUUCAACCAUUCUUGAGGUAUAUACCCAAAAUAUAUGGUCUUACUUUCUAAGAGUAUUUAACAUUUAAAAAUGUAUUGUAGGACACUCCACUAGUCUUUGAUAACGGGGCAUUCCUAGAAAAUAUGACAAUAGUUCGCAUUUUGAUUUCCACAAUUUCUCCAGCAAACAGGGAGGUUACUAUCAUAAUGGGAUUUCUGAGAGGGUGUAAUAAAAUAUCUUAUCAGGUUUUCCACCCAAUCUCCCUCCAUUUCUGUGAACUGGUACACUUCAAUUGAUACCUCCAUAUUGUUGUCCAUUCUUCCUCAGAUAUAAUUAUCCCUCCUUCUCCAAUUUUAUUUUAAUAUAUGAAGAUGAGUGUGUUUUAAGAUUUGACAGACUCUUAUACAUGCUUGAAAUGAUUCUAUACCAUUAUCUGAAUUACGCAAACAUGAGAAAAUCUGCAGAUGCUGGAAAUUCAAGCAACACACACAAAAUGCUGGUGGAAUGCAGCAGGCCAGGCAGCAAAUAGAGGAAGAA